AUGUCCACUACCAAGGGACAUUACACGAACCCAACCGUCGACGACGACGACCUGAUCGAUCCUGAUGAUGCCGACCUCAACGACUUUGAUGACCCCCUGGCGCCUUCCAGCUCCCGCGCGCCACUGACAGGCAACAUUGGCUCCUCAUCACGGCCGCUCGACGAGAACUACUUGACUGCACGCAUCCCCGGCGAAGAUCGAAGCGCUUCACAAAACACCAUCGACGAGACCGUUUGGGAAACGUUGCGCCGCGACCUGCUGGCCGUGUGGGCCAAGCUGCGAGAAGUGCUGUACCCGCGCUACCUCCUGGGCGGCACCAUGUUUGACGGCGAGGGCGGCUUCCGCGGCGCAUACUCGAACAUCCGUGGCGCCGGGCUCUCGGGUACGCGAGAAGAGCUCACGGGCCUGGCAAGCCGCGUCAUGGACCCCGAGGCGCUGCUCGGCAGCUCACUAAGCCCUGGCCUGCGCGACUGGGACCUCUGGGGCCCUCUCAUCUUCUGUCUGUUGCUGAGCCUCCUGCUGAGCUUUUCGGCUCGCGCCGAGCAAAAAGACGCCGUAUUCAGCGGCGUAUUUGCCAUGAUUUGGCUCGGAGAGGCCCUUGUCACACUUCAGAUUAGGCUACUCGGUGGAAGCAUUUCUUUUGCGCAAAGCGUGUGCAUCAUCGGUUACACGCUAUUCCCGCUUGUCAUCGCAGCGCUCCUGUCCGCUCUUCACUUGCACUGGAUCCCUCGCAUUCCAAUCUUCAUCGUCCUUAUACUGUGGUCUCUGGCGGCCGGUGUUAGCAUUUUGGGUGGCAGUGGUGUUGUCCAGAAUCGCUUGGCCAUCGCUCUCUACCCUCUGUUCAUAUUCUAUGUCGGAUUGGGUGCCUUGUGCUUCAUGAGCUAG